AUGUCUCCCCAAGAUCAGAUCUCCGAAUUGCGAGGCACGAACGAUACACUCGUUCUACCCUCAUUGUACGGCAGCUUUGCGCUCUGUGCUUUAACUCUGCUGUCAAUUUGGUAUCUCGCGUCGUGGCACCGAUUACGACAUAUCCCAGGUCCUUUCCUUAACUCUCUUUCGAUUCUACCUAUGCAGCAUAUGACAAGAGGUGGAAAAUUGAGUUUCAUGUUGAAAGAUCUAGGAGACAAAUUUGGACCGCUAGUCCGCGUUGGCCCAAACGAAGUUUUGUUCGGCGAUCCAGACACGUACCGCAAGAUAUCGGCGGUCAGGUCAGACUUCACCAAAGGUCCUUGGUACGCUCUCGCCAAGGUCGUGCCUGACCAGGAUAGCCUGUUUUCGAUGAGGGACGAUGAUCUAAGAAAGGAGUACAGAACCAAGCUGAGUCCUGGUUACGCCGGUAGAGAGAAUGGCGGCUUUGAGCCUGGUGUUGACAGAAUCGUCGCACAUUUCGUCAACCUAGUUGAAACUAAAUACAUCUCGACGCCGAAGGAAUAUCGACCCAUAGAGUUCUCCCAUAAAUCUCAAUACUUUGCCCUCGACGUCGUCAGCGAGCUUUCUUUCGGAGAAGCGCUAGGAUUCCUCGCAAAUGAUGAGGAUUUGUUUGGUUAUGUGGCAACCAAUGACCUCAUCUUUCCGUAUCUUGCUGUCAUGCUCAAUGUACCAUGGGUCGGAAUUUUCUUGCAGCAAUGGCCGUUAAACAAGCUUCUACCCUUUUCCAGCGACGAGUUUGGCUUUGGUAAACUUAUGGGAAUGGCCAAGAACCUGGCGGACAAGAAGUUGGCAGCCGCGUCGGAUGAGAACAACAUGGUCCAACAACACCUUCGCAACGGGGUAACUUACAAAGAGCUCUUGGCAGAGAUCUUCCUGGAACUAAUCGCGGGCUCCGACUCUACCGCAACGGCAGUCCGCAUGACUAUGCUCUGUCUGCUCAACACGCCGUCAUCGCUAAAUGCACUACGCCGCGAGAUUGACCAAGGCAUUGCCCAAGGCCGCAUUAGUUCUCCGAUCCGCGACUCCGAGGCCCGCCAACUAGCUUACUUGCAGGCCGUGAUCAGAGAAGGCAUACGCAUGUACCCACCGUCAACGGGCCUCAACUAUAAGCAAGUAGCCAAGGGAGGAACAGAGCUGCAUGGGCAGUUCUUGCCAGAGGGGACGCAGAUGGGUAUCAACAUUCAAAAGUUGAUGAGAUCCAAGGACACAUUUGGUUGCGACGCGGAUGUGUUUCGGCCAGAGCGCUGGCUGGAAGCUGCCGCUGAAGAUGAAGACUGCUUUCGAGACAUGUGUGGUGUCGUCGACCUGGCGUUCGGACAUGGUCGGUUUCAGUGUCUUGGGAAGACUAUCGCGGCUAUGGAGUUGAACAAGAUCUUCAUUGAGCUAUUCCGAAGGUUCGAUUUCGCGGUGGUGACUCCUCAGGAGCCUCUCAAGCUCUAUGAUGCUGCUUUCUGGGUCACAACCAAUUUCUGGUUACGAGUAGUACCGAGGCCGAGCGAAUCUUCCUGA